AUGAAAACGGCAUGUGUUAUUUUCACGAAAAAUUCGGGGCCGCCACCCGGAAAUGCUACAGACCAUGCGGCACGCGCCGACGGGAGACAGCACCGUCUCUUUGUGGCAGAUCCCAACUCCAGUAUUCGUUAUCUUAUCGAUACCGGAGCAGAAAUAUCUGUCCUGCCCAAAACCUUCGCAGCCAACAACACUGCGAUACAUACGUAUGGAGAGAAACUAAUGGUUCUCGACUUGAAGCUGCGAACAACUUUCAAAUGGAUUUUUGUUAUAGCCGAUAUUGAAAAACCUAUCAUUGGUGCAGAUUUCCUACCACUAGUAGAUUCGAUGACCAAACUGUCUGCACAUGGAAGUUUGCUACCUUGUGGCAACAAUGCAAUCACCACAGUGGCAAAAAUUUCCACCUAUCAUAACCUUUUAGCGCAGUGCCCAGAAAUCACAAGAGCACCACCCCCAGUCAGCAACAUCCCCAACCCAGUUGCACACCACAUUUUCACCACAGGACCCCCAAAUGCGGAGAAACCUCGAAGAUUGGCACCAGACAAGCUGAAAGCGGCGAAAACGGAAUUUCAGUACAUGCUGGACCAAGCUUGGUGCCGACCAUCUAGCAGCCCUUGGGCGAGUCCGUUCCAUCUAGUCCCCAAGAAAGCCCCGGGAGAAUGUAGGGCUUUCUUGGGGACUAGAUGGAGCGGAUGGUGGGGAUUACCGAAGACUGAACGGAGUGACAACUCCAGAUGGAAGGCAAGCAAGACCGUCUUCUCCACAGUCGACCUAGUGCGCGCGUACCACCAGAUCCGAGUAGCUGACGAAGACAUACCCAAAACAGCCGUAUGCACACCGUUCGGGUUAUAUGAAUUUACGGUCAUGACAUUCGGUAAAAAAUAA